GAUGACUUGUUCGUCUCUCGUCCCCGUGUUCGAUAGCAUUGUUCAGUCAAUAGUGUUCUGUCAAGGUUUUAGAUUUCCAAGAACAGGGGAAACAGCGCAUCAGUCGAAAUCUCCUAUGUAUUUCUACACACAGCUUACCAACUGUCAGUAGUUACUUACUGUUCCUUCUCAACGUGUUUUAUCUUCAGUUCUCGGGGUCCCGUUCUAUUCGUCUCUCGUCCCCGUAUUCUAUAGCAUUGCUCAGGCAAAUAGUGUUCUGUCAAGGUUUUGGCUUUCCAAGAACAGGGGAAACAGGGCAUAAGUCGAAAUGUCCUAUGUAUUUGUUACCUGGUAGAACUACUACUGUCUUAUGUACCGGUCAUUUCAAUUAGCAUCAUCCUGGUCACCUUAAUGUAUUGCUAUGUAAGCACUUGCUAUUACCAACCACUGAUGUGGUUCCUUUGCUGCAGGACAUGGCUCAUCAAUUCUAGGGGAGUUGCCAAGAAAAUCAGGAAUGCCAACUGCCCUGUUCGCCAGAUAAGUGAAUUGGGUACAGAAGCAUGCAGGGAAUGCCCCAACUGCAAACAUAUCAUUGAUAAUAGUGAUGUUACUGUACAGUGGCCUGGGCUGCCAGCUGGCGUGAAGUUUGAUCCAUCUGAUUUGGAAUUGCUCGAGCAUUUAGAACACAAGCUUGGCGUGGGAGAUUCAAAGCCCCAUAUGUUCAUCGAUGAGUUUAUUCCAACUGUGGAGAAUGAUGAAGGGAUCUGCUAUUCACAUCCUGAAAAUCUUCCUGGCACAAGGAAAGAUGGAAGCAGUGCUCAUUUCUUCCAUAGAGUCUCAAAUGCAUAUGCUUGUGGCCAGCGUAAGCGUCGGAGGAUUAUCCACGUUGAUCAGACCACUUCUGAUCAGCAUGUGAGAUGGCACAAGACGGGUAAAUCAAAGCCCGUAAAACACAAUGGUGUUACUAAAGGGUGGAAGAAGAUAUUGGUUCUGUACAAAAGUCCGCAAAGAGGUGCCAAGCCUGAUAAAGCUGAUUGGGUGAUGCAUCAGUACCAUCUUGGGCCGGAGGAAAAUGAAGAAGUCGGGGAUUUUGUUGUUUCCAAAAUCCUGUAUCAAGUGAAGACAAAGCAGGUGGACAAGUCCGAAACAAGUAAUGAAGAAUCUGAUGCAUUUGCUGCAAGUGUUUGUCCAAAAACUCCAAAGACAAAGACCCCACAGCCAUGUCGCGUGAACAAUAGUCCAUCCGAAAUUGGGCAGAAUGAUACUAUCUUGCAGGACAAGGAAGAAGAUGAAGAAGCAGACCAACCUGCUGUUAGCCUGGCAGAUGCUAAGGAACCUGAGUGGUUCACUUUAGCGCCUUUGGCUGGGAGUAACGUGGAUGACCCCCUGCGUUGUCAUGAGGAUUUUAAUUCCUUUGGUCAGUCGGGCGCGCUUGACAGGCCAAUCUUUUCUCAAGGAAAUGAGAUUUUUGAUGGAUUACCGGAUGUCCAUGGAUCACUUCCGGAGGACGUGCUGUUGUAUUCACCCCCAUGCUUUGGCAGCUGGCAAUGGCCAGAAGUGCAGGAUUGAUAAUCAUCUCUUACAUGUAUGAUUAUAUAUGGUGGCACCUUUUUUGAGGUCUGACUUGGCAAGAUAGAAAUUGUUUGCGCAGCAGUGACGCAAUGGGCCAUUUAAGAGUCGCAGAAGCACCUGAACAUUUCUUUUGUCUCCCUAAAACCCCCAAAAAAACAUGCAAUGAGGUGUUCUAUCUUUGGGCUGUAUGUGGUGGAAACCUGUAGUAAUCUCAUGUAAUGUAGGAGUUUCAUACUUGGCCCUGUUGCAACUCAAAUUUUGCUGUGACCUGAAGGCGAUGGUGCGAAUCUGGACUGGAGAGGCCCGUAACUUGGUUGCUCCAUAGGUGAUUACUGUUAGUUGUACCUUGCUGAAUGCUGCCUGUCCAAUUAUUAAUGUAAAAACGACUGUUUGGACGGAUUAGUAUUUGUCCAAUUC